AUGGACAGGCUUCUGGAGAGGGAGCGCAAGCUGCGGCAGCUGAAUGAACAACUCGACGCCCGCAAGAGCAGGGCCGAGAGCCAUGCGGCGCAGGUGCUGCAGGAGCAGGAGGCGUACUUUCAGCGGAUGGCCGGUCCGGCUUUGGAGCCGCUGCCCCAGCCCGAGGCUCCGAUGGCGGCACCGGAGGCGGCACCGGAGCAGCCUGUGCUUACUGUGCCUGCUACUCCGCCUCGGGGUCGGACGCCGCUGCGGACGGCGGCUCGGCCGACUACCGGCGCCGUGUUUGCCACUGCCACGCCUGGAUCACCGGCGUCGUCGACCCUUGCGUCGAUGAGGCACUCGCUGGCCAUGUCGCCGCCGCAGAGCAGCGGGUCGCCGCACCCGCGGACCAGCAGCGGGAGCUCGCCCGGCUCGGCCGCGGCUGCCAUGGCCCAGGUCUCGGUCCUCACCCGUGAGCUGCAGGCGAUGCAGCAGCGGCUGGAGAGCGUCAUGGCCGAGUCGGCCGACAAGGAUCGCAUGCUCGCCGAAUCCGAAGCCGAACUCAAGACUGCGCUCGACGAGAACCGCCGCGCCGCUCGUGCCGAGCAGGCGCUCAAGACUGCGGCGACAAAGGCGCAAAAGGUGGCAGAGGAGGCGCGUCGCAAGGCCCACGCCCACGCGCUCAAGGCCAGCUCGCUGCAGUCCGAGCUCGACAAGACGGUGGCCGACUCGCGGGCACGGGCGAGCAAGGCCACAUCGGCCGACGUCCGGCUCAAUCGGGCGCUAGAAGAGGCGGAAAAGGUCAAGGCGGAGCUGGCAGAGGCGCAGGCUGCCGCCCGCGACGACGCCGCCAAGUUCCGCCGCGAGCUCGCCGACCGCGACGCGUCCAUCAAGCGGCUCUCCAAGCAGCGCACCGAGCUCCUGGCUGCCUUUAAGAAGCAGCCGCCAAGGCACUGUCGUUUACCGAGAACGAGUUUGCGCGCGUGCUCGCGCUAG